ACAAUGCGAUACCCAUGAAGCUGAGAGAAGCACUUGGUUGCAAAUGUACUGUACUGGGGAACAUUUUACAGAACUAUUGGAAGGUAACGAUACAUGCUGGUAAAUGUUGUUCUACGUAAGAAUGUUAUUAUAUAUUAUUAUAUAGCAUACCCACCUCUGCCUUUUUUAAACUUUUUGCUGCUUAUUUUGCACUUUACUUGGCACAUAUUCAAAGCAAAGUAUGCUUGGUUUGUGACUAAUAAAAAGAAUAAAUAUGGACUUAUUUUUAUAUAUGGAUAAUGUUGCAUAUUAACAUGUUAACAUGUAAGUCACUUGAUUGGGUACAUCUGUAUUAUGAAAUUGUUGAUGUCGUUUGUUAACAAAAUGUUGAAAAAAAGGUAACAUACAAAGAUAUUAGAAUUUCCGACGCUUCAUGAAGGCAGCAACAUCCCGGUUCGAUUUGCUCAGUCAGCUAUUGGUUGUCCUGCCGUCCGACACACCUAAUACACACAGCAACUUUAGAAACCAUUAAUGGCGACUCCCGCCACCUCUCAAGAUGACGUCUGCCAGUUUUGUCAGAUAGCCAACAGCCAGAGCGACACGGAAAUUCUCCUGAGCUGAACUGCUGUGCUUCCGGGAUGUGAAACCCGGUGCUGCCCAUCAUUACCUGGUCAUUACCAGGACUCACAUCGACAACUGUAAAGCUCUACGGGAGGAGAACAUUCCCACAGUGGAGCGGAUGGCUGAAAUGGGAAGGAGAGUCUUAGAGAAAAAUAAAGUGAGAGACCUGGAAGAUAUCAGUAAGUGGAGACCAACAUGCCGAGUAAACAGAAGCAGAAGAAACGCAGGAACAUCCAGAAGCACAAAACUCCUUAUCAGAGGUCUUGCCAGCUCGUUACGCCCACGCAGGACGAAACCGAGGAGCCGAAAGCGGAACAGGGGCGUCCCAAGGUGAGACGUAAAACACCAUCACGUCAGCAGCAGGUCAAGAACGUUGCAAAAUCACAAGAAGAAAAAACGACAGCACCUCAGGAGGACCUGACUGAACCAUGCGAUGCAGCUGUAGCUUCUCUGGAGAAGGAGACCAUUCCAGAUCUUCAAGGAGUUCAAACAGAACCCCAACAGCAGGUGUGGCAAGAUGAUGAAGCUGCUGCAUCAUCGCAGGAGGAUGAGAGACCCGAGUCUGCUGCAGGACUCCAAGAAGAUGACAAUACUGCACCUUUUCUUGAAGAUAGCACUACUACAGAACUACAGGUGGUGGACGCUGCAUACCAGGAGCAGGAAAGAGUCCUGCAAGAGGACAGUCCUCAGCAUGAGACUUUUGCAUCACCUCAGGAGGUUAUGGCUAUAGUUUCUCAGGAGGAUGAUGAGGAGGUUCCAAAAGCUCUGGUCCCUGAAGAGAAGUCACCCCUAGAUGAUACCACUGAGACAUUAUCACAAGAGGAUGAGACCCUCGAGGGACAAGUCGGAGACACCAAAAUCACAGCCAGGCAACAGGAUGAGGUAGCAACUGAUAAAACCAAAAUCAUGGAAGAGUCACCCGCAGGAGUUCAGGAAUAUGAGACCACUGCAGCUUCUCUUGAGGGUAGCACAACUGCAAGGCUACAGGUGGUGGAAGCUGCAUCCCAGGAUCAGGAAAGAGUCCCUCAGGAGGACAGAAUAGAUGUUGGACCCCCUCAGCAUGAGAACACUACUGCACUUCAAGACUAUAAGCAUUUUGCAUCACCUCAGGAGGUUAUGGCUAUAACCUCUCAAGAGGAUAAGGAGGAGCUUCAAAAAGAUCUAGUUCCCCAAGAGAAGUCACCCCUAGAUGAUGACACUGAGACAUUAUCACAAGAGCAUGAGACCGCUGAGGGACACGUCGGAGACACCACAAUCACAGCCAGGCAACAGGAUGAGGUAGCAACUGAUAAAACCGAAUGGAUGGACGAAUCAGGAGUGGAGAACACAGCAUCUUCUCUGGAGGAUAGCACAACUGCAAGGCCACAGGUGGUGGAAGCUACAUCCCAGGAUCAGGAAAGAGUCCCUCAGGAGGUCAAGACAGAUGUCCAAUCCUAUGAGGAUGAGACCAUGGCUGCACCUGAGGAGCAUGAGCCAUAUGCAUCACAUCAGGAGGGGGAUACAACCCGAGCUCCUCUGGUGGAUGACACAGAUGUCGCUUUUCUGGAGGAUGAAGCCACUGAAGUUCUUCGGGGGAUUCCGACAGAUCUAGUUACCAAAGAUGAUGAACUAGAUGGUGGGCCUUCUGCAUCAUCAGAAGAGGAUGAGACCCAUGAGGGAUCAGAAGAGGCCCAAGUCACAGAAAGCCAAAAGGAUGACGUAGCAAAUGAUAAAGAACAGAUAGAAGAUAAUACAACUGCACCCGCACUACAAGUGGUGGAAGCUGCAUUCCAGGAAGAGGAAAGGAUCCCUCAGGAGAUCCAGACAGAUGUCAGAUACCAUGAAGAUGAGACAGUCACUGCACCUCAGGAUCAUGAGACUUUUGCAUCACUUCAAGAGGAGGAAGCAACCCGAGAUCUGGAGGAUGACGCAACUGCAUUUCACGGGCACAUGAGAAAGCAAGAACCUUGCGAGGGGAUGAGCACUCCGUCUAUUGAAGAUGAGACCGCUAUGUCAGGCUAUGAUUACGCAACAUUUGCAGGACUUCAGGACUACACAAGCAUUCCUCUUGAUGACGAUGAAUUGUUAGAAGACUAUGCUUCAGCAGAUUCAUCCCACGCAGCUGAUGAUGAAAUGACAUCGGCACAUACUCCGGAGGAGGUGAAAGAAGCAAGACUUGCGUCCUUCAACAUGAAAAAGCUGAUGAUGAAAGCAUGGCAUCACUUGGGGAAGAUGAAGCUGCGACACCAAGCCUACAAGAUGACACCUGGAUGCCCCUUGGUGGAUGACGCCACAACAAUGCAGCUGGAUGAUGAAACUUUACAGAACAUUGAUGUGUUUCUUCAAGAGGAUGAGAACGCAAUGACACUUGAGGUGGAGGAGAUAGUAGCCUCGGUUCUGAAAGAAGCAACAUCUGCAGCACUUGCAAUGAUAGAAGGAAAUGCAAAGCCUCAAGAGGAACAGAUGGAGGAGGACACAAUUUUAGGAUCUCAUGUAGUUGAAGAAAUGGCAGCACCUUUAGAGGAUGCGAUUAGUGCAGCUCCUCGAGAAGAUGCCUCAGUUGGGGCUGAGGAAACAAGUUCAACAUCUCAGAAGCAGUUUGAAAGACCUGAGCAAGGUGAGGCACCCAUUGCACCUCAAGAAGAUGAGACGCUGGCAGAACAUUCACAAGAUGAAACACCUCUGGAGAAUGAGUCUCAGAAGGAGGACGUAAGGGCUGCAGCCCUGGUGGCCUUGAAACCCCAAGCUGCUCUGGUGGAUGGUGCAACUGCUCAACAUCAGCUCCAAGAACCAGCUUCAGCAUGUCAGGAUGAAGAAACUCAGCAGGAUACAACAUCUGUUGGACUUCAAGAGGAGGACAAAAGUCCUGCAACCCAAGUAGAACAAAUAAUCACAUCCCAAAAGAGUGGACCAACAUCAGGACCUCAGGAUGUUGAGAUAGAUGUUGCACCUCAGGAGGAACAGCCACUGGGGGAUGAGACUUCAACAUCAGUUCAGCCGGAGGACACAAGCGCUGCAGCUGAAGAGGAUCGCACAAAUGAAGCUUCUGUAGAGGAUGACGGAACUUCAGAAUCUCAGACAUGUGUGGUUCUUCAAGAGGAUGAGACACCUGUAAAAGUCACCCAUGAGGAUGAGAAUACUGCAGCACCUCAGGGGGAGGAGACAAACAUGGCGCUGCAGGAGAAUGAGACAGAAGCAGCCCACCAGGACCCUGACUCACCUCAGGAUGACAACAUCAUUGCCUCACCGGCUGAGGAGCACAGAACUGCUGCACCUCAGCAAGACCGUCUUGAGCAUCAGGAAAAGGAAACCGCUUCAAAAUAUGGCAAGGAGACCAAUGAAGAACCUGAGGUGAAUGAGACACCUGUAGCACCUCAGGAAGCUCCUCUAGAUGCUAAGACACAUCCUGCACCUCGUAAGACCACUCUUGCAUACCAGGAACAGGAGUCUUCCUCACUCGCUCAGGAGUAUGAGACUCCUGCAGCUCAUGAGGAGGACAAAACAGUUGAACCUCAGGAAGACCACAUGGUUCAGCAAACAGUAGCCCAUCAGGAGGAUAUGCAGAAUGAGACAACUGCUUCAGCUUUGCGGAAUGAGACAAAUAUCCAACCUCAAGGAGAUAUGACACUGGCUGUAUCUUAUGAAGAUGAGACCCCUACAUCACCAUAUGAAGAUGACCUUAAUACAGAUGGGACUUCUAUGUUGACUUUGAGAAAUGAAAGCAACAUUGAACCUCAGGACGAUGAGACAGUUACAGAACCAUGGGAAGAUGUGUCCACUACACCAGCCGUGCCAGAUGAGACUAAUAUUAAACCUCUUGGGAACGAUACCACUGCUGCACCCCAGGAGGAUGAGCGCCAUACACCAACCUUGCAGAAUGAGAUACAUGAAGAACCUCAUGAGGUUGGAACCAUGGCUGCACCUCAGAAUGAUGAGACACGUGUUGAACCUCAGGAGAAUCAGACCACUACUGCACCUCAGGAACAUCAGAUGGCUAAAUCAGCAUUGCUGAAUGAUGUUGAACCACACAAUGAUGAGAAUUUUCCUGAACCUGAGAAAGCAGAGACCAUGUCCGAACCUCAGGAAAAUGAGACCCCUGUGCCAGCUAUGGAGAAUCACACAAACAUUGAACCCCAAGAGCGUGAGGCCUUUACUUCCCACCAGGACGAUGGGACGUCAGCUAUGCAGAAUGAGACAAAUGUUGAAUCUGUAGAUAUGACGCUGGCUACACCUCACCAUGAUGAGACCACCACUGCACCUCAGGAUGAUAAGACACAUGUUGAACUUCUUCAAAAUGAGACUUCUGUGGCACCUAAAGAAGAUGAGACCACAUCAGCUUUGCAGAAUGAGACGAGUAUUGAACCUCAAUUAGUUGAGGCUGUACCUCGGGAAGAUGAGACCCCUAUACCAACUUUGCAGAAUGAGAAAAACCUUGAGACACAUCCUGCAUUUCAGGAAGAUCUGACCACUGCUGAACCUCAGGAAGAUGAGCAUCCUGCAUCACAGAAUCAGACAGCGGUUGAACUUCAGGAGAAUGUGUGUCCUCCAUCCCAGAAUGAGACAAACGUGAACCCUCAGAAUGAUGUUCGUCCUUCAUCCCUAAAUGAGACAAACGUGAACCCUCAGGAUGACGACCAUCCUUCAUCCCAGAAUGAGACAAACGUGAACCCUCAGGAUGACGACCAUCCUUCAUCCCAGAAUGAGACAAACGUGAACCCUCAGAAUGAUGUUCAUCCUUCAUCCCAGAAUGAGACAAACGUGAACCCUCAGAAUGAUGUUCAUCCUUCAUCCCAGAAUGAGACAAACGUGAACCCUCAGGAUGAUGUUCGUCCUUCAUCCCGAAAUGAGACAAACAUGAACCCUCAGGAUGACGACCAUUCUUCAUCCCAGAAUGAGACAAACAUGAACCCUCAGGAUGAUGUUCGUCCUUCAUCCCAGAAUGAGACAAACUUGAACCCUCGGGAUGAUGUUCGUCCAUCCCUGAAUGAGACAAACGUGAACCCUCAGGAUGACGACCAUUCUUCAUCCCAGAAUGAGACAAACAUGAACUUUCAGGAUGAUGCUCGUCCAUCCCUGAAUGAGACAAACGUGAACCCUCAGGAUGAUCAUCCUUCAUCCCAGAAGGAGACAAAUGUGAACCCUCAGGAUGAUGUUCAUCCUUCAUCCCAGAAUGAGACAAAUGUGAACCCUCAGGAUGAUGUUUGUCCAUCACAGAAUGAGACAAACAUGAACCCUCAGGAUGAUGUUCGUCCAUCACAGAAUGAGACAAAAGUCAACCCUCAGGAUGAUGAGCGUCCUUCAUCCCAGAAUGAGACAAACGUGAACCUUCAGGAUGAUGACCAUUCUUCAUCCCAGAAUAAGACAAACGUGAACCCUCAGGAUGAUGUUCGUCCUUCACAGAAUGAGACAAACGUGAACCCUCACGAUGAUGACCAUCCUGAGACAAACCUGAGUCCUCAGGAUGAUGUUUGUCCUUCCUCCCAGAAUGAGACAAACCUGAGUCCUCAGGAUGAUGACCAUUCUUCAUCCCAGAAUGAGACUAACCUGAGUCCUCAGGAUGACGACUAUUCUUCAUCCCAGAAUGAGACAAACCUGAGUCCUCAGGAUGACGACCAUUCUUCAUCCCAGAAUGAGACAAACCUGAGUCCUCAGGAUGACGACCAUCCUUCAUCCCAGAAUGAGACAAACGUCAACCCUCAGGAUGAUGUUCAUCCUUCAUCCCAGAAUGAGACAGAUGUGAUCCCUCAAGAUGAUGAGCGUCCAUCCCAGAAUGAGACAGAUGUGAUCCCUCAGGAUGAUGUUUGUCCUUCAUCCCAGAAUGAGACAAACAUCAAUCCUCAAGAUAAUGUUCAUCCUUCAUCCCAGAAUGAGACAAAUGUGAACCCUCACGAUGAUGUCCGUCCUUCAUCCCAGAAUGAGACAAACGUGAACCCUCAGGGUGAUGAGCGUCCUUCAUCCCAGAAUGAGACAAACCUGAGUCCUCAGGAUGACGACCAUCCUUCAUCCCAGAAUGAGACAAACAUCAACCCCCAGGAUGAUGUUCAUCCUUCAUCCCAGAAUGAGACAGAUGUGAUCCCUCAGGAUGAUGAGCGUCCAUCCCAGAAAGAGACAAACGUGAACCCUCAGGAUGUUUGUCCUUCAUCCCAGAAUGAGACAAACCUGACUCCUCAGGAUGAUGUUUGUCCUUCAUCCCAGAAUGAGACAAACCUGAGUCCUCAGGAUGACGACCAUCCUUCAUCCCAGAAUGAGACAAACGUCAACCCUCAGGAUGAUGUUCAUCCUUCAUCCCAAAAUGAGACAGAUGUGAUCCCUCAGGAUGAUGAGCGUCCAUCCCAGAAAGAGACAAACGUGACCCCUCAGGAUGUUUGUCCUUCAUCCCAAAAUGAGACAAACCUGACUCCUCAGGAUGAUGUUCGUCCUUCAUCCCAGAAUGAGACAAACCUGAGUCCUCAGGAUGACGACCAUCCUUCAUCCCAGAAUGAGACAAACAUCAACCCUCAAGAUUUUGUUCAUCCUUCAUCCCAGAAUGAGACAGAUGUGAACCCUCAGGAUGAUGUUCAUCCUUCAUCCCAGAAUGAGACAAACGUGAACCCUCAGGGUGAUGAGCGUCCUUCAUCGUCACAGAAUGAGACAAAUGUUGAUCCUCAGCAUGAUGAGCGUCCUUCAUCCCAGAAUGAGACAAACGUGAACCCUCAGGAUGAUGAGCGUCCUUCAUCGUCACAGAAUGAGACAAAUGUUGAUCCUCAGGAGAAGCAAGACCCCAUGGAUGAAUUUGCUAAAGCCAUUACAUCGUUGCUCCUGAAGGGGGAGCAGUUGGAGCAACUGCUUGAGCGGGAGAAAGUUGAGAUUGAAAACAUCCUCCUGUCCCUUGUGUCCCCUCAGUGACAAAGAGUGGUUUAAACAGCUUUGUUAUCCUAUGUCCUUAUUACUUUAAAAUAAAAAAUAUUAAAAAGUCAAUGUUUUCAGCUGUCCUGUCUAUUACUCUCUGCAGUUAAGUGUCUUUGGGAUGAUGCUGACGUGUUGAGUGAUUAAACGUGAAGGCU